CUGUAUAACUUCGGGGAGACGGUGUCGUUGGUGUUCUGGACGGAGACGUGGAAACCCGAGAGUUUCUACGACAAAAUCUGUAAAAACAGGAAAGCUGGACAACAUACACUCUGCCUGCUGGACAUUAAGGUCAAAGAGCAGAGCAUCGAGAACAUGAUGAGAGGGAAAAAGAUCUUCGAGCCGCCGCGCUUCAUGACGGUCGGUCAGGCUGCAGAUCAGCUGAUCCAGAUCAUCGAGAGGAGGAGGGAGGAGGGGGGGGAGCUGGGUGUGACGGAGGACACGGUGUGUGUCGGUGUCGCUCGGCUCGGUGCAGACGAUCAGCUGAUCCGCACCGGGACGUUACGCCAGCUGGUGUCAUGUGACCUGGGCGAGCCGCUCCAUUCGCUGGUCGUCACCGGACAUCUGCACCCGCUGGAGGUGGACAUGCUGCGAGUCAACGCUGAACCUGACGCUCUGAAGGACCUGAAGUCCAUCGACAGCUCCACCUUCUGCUCAUAACACACACUCUGACUCUGGGUACAUGUGAGGACCAACACAAACCAUCACAACUACAGUAAAAGAGAAAUAACCCACUACUUUUUGGAUGAUUUAUUUAUCUUUAGGGUUGUUUUUCAUGGAGAAAUGUCUUUAAAAGCAGCCUGUACUUCCUUUAAAGAUGCUGCUUCUCUUUGUUAUAUAUCCAACAAAGAAGCACCUUACUCAUUUUAUAUCAAGUUUAAUUGAAUAAUUGUAGUCCUACAAAUGUCUAAUUUUAAACCUGAACCAUCAGAAUCAAAAUACCUGUGUAGUCCCACUGUCCCUACAAUGUUGAAAGGUCCUCUUAUGAUGGUUAUGGUAAUACUUGGUCCUCACAAAGACAGUUAAACAAGCCACAACUUUUAUGAUUUAUUUAUCGAUAAUUAUGCGUUAGGGUUGUUUUUCAUGGAGAAAGGUCUUUAAAGGCAGCUUGUACUUCCUUCAAAUAUCGAGAUGUGCUGCUUUUCUUUGUUGAAUAUCAAAGAAAGAGGAUACUCAUUUUGAAUAAUUGUAAUUAAACGCUGAAACUGAUGCUCUGAAGGACCUGAAAUCCAUCGAGUUCCACUUUCUGCUCAUAACACACUGACAACAAACCAUCAAAACUACAGUAAAAGAGAAAUAAUCCACAACUUUUAUGAUUUAUUUAUCGUUAAUUAUGGAUUUGGGUGUUUUUUUCAUGGAGAAAUGUCUUUAAAAGCAGCUUGUACUUCGUUUUAAAUAUUGAGAUUUGCUGCUUUUCUUUGUUAAAUAUCAAAGAGGAUAUCUUUUGUUUUGGUUUGACAAAAAAAGCACGGUACUCAUUUUUAUAUAAAGUUUAUUCGAAUAAUUACAGUUCUAAUAAUAAACCUGAACCAUCAAACUGUGUCUACAAUGUUGCACAUAAGGUCCUCUUAUGAUGGUUAUGGUAAUACUUGGUCCUCACAAGCCUAAACACACAACAGGCUGCAGGAUGUCGUUCCUCAUCAGAAAUAAUUAGACCAACAUUAAAAGCUAUUUUUGGAUCGGUAAAACUUCUGGUCCUGUUAAACCCAGAUAAAAGCCAGGUCCCCAGUUUGUGCUAUAAACAGAAACGUGUGUACAUUGUGAUGUCAUCAAUAAUGAGAAAUAAUAAAAAAAAUCAGAGAAACAGAAUUAUUUAUUUAUUACAGUUGAAAAAAGAAGAAGACUGAAACCCCCCGUCUGGUCACAUGAUUUGGCACGUUUUAAAAACAGUGACAUCACACGCCGGUGAGGUCAUAGGGAGGGGGGGCUCAAAUUGUCUCUGAUUCAUGAUGAAGGCACUUACCCAGAAUGCUUUGCUCCAGUCUACAAAAUGCAGCGAGGGUGGGGGGGGUUCAGGUAAGUAAAAAAAAAA